AAAACAGUAUGGCGAAAAGCGUAAAAGCAAAAAGUUCCGUUGUCCGCGAUGAUUCGUUCGAAAUUCUCAGAGUUGGCGCUAUGGAGGACAAUGAUUAUUCGCGCUGGAUGGAAAAUCUACCAAAUGAGAAACAACUAUGCCCUUUAAAAGAUCUUGUGAUACCAGGAUCGCAUGACUCCGCUACAUUUUUUCUCGAUCAAGACAUGGAGAUUGGCCCCGAUGAAUCUCCCACGAUUCAAAUGCUGGGAAGCGUUUUCGGAAAAGUGGCAAAGUCUGUAGUCCAUAGUUGGUCCGUUACGCAGUCUAUGUCAAUCUACGAACAGCUUUUGUCAGGAAUCCGCUAUUUAGAUCUGCGAGUUGCGUACAGAGCCCAGGAUAAGCAGAUCCGAAUUCUUCACGGUCUGUACGGCUGGACAAUCGAAGAAGUUUUGGCAGAAAUAAACAGGUUCGUGGAAAAAUAUCCUAAAGAAAUUGUCAUUCUGGACUUUAAUCAUUUUUACAACAUGGAUCCGGCUGCACAUGAGAUGCUAGCCGAUACUUUACUCGCUUCAUUCAGUGAAAUAUUUCGCGCUCCAGGGGAAGACGGUCCCGACGUGACGUUACAAGAAAUGUGGGGCAAUGAAGAAAAAGUCAUUAUUAUAUAUCACGAUUAUGGCGUGAUCGAUGCCUACCCCUGCUUUUGGCCUCCCCAUUUAAUCUGCUCCCCCUGGCCAAACACAGCGGACAGAAAACUCUUGAUGGAAUUUCUUAACAAACAAUGCGCCGUGAGCACCUUUUCUGAAGAUGCCUUUCAAGUGACGCAAGCUGUCCUGACACCUCAGACGUCAACCGUGUUUCAGAAUAUGACAAGUACUUUAAAAGAUGUGUGUGCCAUGAAGUGCAACUGCCACGUCACUGGGUGGCUGAAGGCGCUGUGCGGAACCAAGUGUCACAAGUUUAAUAUUAUUAUAGCUGACUUUGUUGAAUUUGGAGACUUCAUCCCUACUGCUAUAAGUUUAAACUAUUUUUUCUAGGGUUUCUAUGGUAACCAGUCAAGCCUUCCAAGAAGCAACUUACAUUCCUGGCAAGCCUGAAUUUUCCAGGCCUUUCUUUUUGCAACCGCAUAAGUCAUGAUGCUGUGAGGAUCUCCCUUAUUUCUUCAUUCUGUGGUUCAAGUGUAUGAAAUAUUCAUAUAUUCAUUACUUCUUCUUCACCUUUACCAGGUAUAUUACAAACCAUUUUAUGGCCAGCUCUCCGCUGGCUUUCUAGCUCAACUGGUUAGAGUGCUACACUGGUAUCGCACCUAGAAGUGGCGGGUCUAGACCAACUGAGGCCCGAAAUGCCGAAAAAAUUUUUUUGGAGACCACCCCCCCCCCUUAUCUCAGGGUCUGGAUGACCGGUCCCCCCCCUUAUCAGAAGGUCUGGAUCCGCCACUGCCUAGGAUGUCAGGAAUUGAAUCCUGGCAAGCCUGAAUUUUUUCAGCAAAGCGAAAAUAAGACGUGCGCGACUUCAGGGUCUGAAAUUAACUUUUUAAUGUGGGCGCCAACUGGUGAGCAAGUAUAAAUUAUUGGUCGCCAGAGAGCAAAUUAUGGUCGCCAAAACUUCCCCUUGGCGGCUUGGAAACGUGCAACUCGUAUUGAUCGUAGCUGUUGUGAAGGUAUAUUUACAGGAAGAUUCGUUUCACUUUUAAAUUAAACAAAUAUCAGCAGGACAAAAAGUACAACACCUGUUGGCAAAUACCUUCAAGGUUUCAAUUCUUAAUCAUUUUCUCAGAACGUGAAAGUUUACAAUGACAACCAGCUCUACAAGUCGCUGGCUGGCGACCAGUUAUGAAUUUCUGGUCGCCAGAACUGAAUUUUUGGUCGCAUUGGCGACCAGGAAGGCGCAAUUUUGGACCCUGGACUUGGGAAAGGGGGUGGUGGCGUUCCCCAGCCUGCACGCAUUUUUCACAUUUACUUUUUACUGAAAGAAUUUUCACCACUAUCUUGGAGCCUGGAACAGGCUAAGCUAAAAUGGGAAGUAAAGAAUGUGAAAUUGAAAAUGAAAAAUGGGACUGGAGAGGGCCUUAAUUUCUUGGAAUUGUCAAGUGUCACAGGGUUUUCAUUAAGAAUUCCACUAGCAGUACUGCAGUAGAAAGAUGUAACAUCACAGGAGAAUAUUUUGUAAGAGGCUCCACGUCUGAAUAAAAAUGGUCAUGGGCUACUAAAUGUUAGCCAGGGAAUUCAGCAUAGUAAUCGGAGAAUUCUCCGAUCUCUCAUGCCUAAUGAAUAACCUGAGGGUCACCCACUCUAAAAUAUGUUAGUUCAGACAUGGGUUUUUAGCAGUUUGAAUCGAAUCCCCCUUUGAAAGGGUGUUCCCAAUCAAGAAAAGCAUCUUUUUAUGUGCAGUCUUGAUCUUUUAAAGUGAAAAC